AUGAAGAGUAAACUUUUAUUCCUUAUUUUUGAUCUGCUUGCUUCGGCAGCUGCAUACAAAGCCACCACUACCAGAUACUACGAUGGCCAGGAAGGUGCCUGCGGCUGCGGCUCCAGCUCUGGUCUCUUCUCCUGGCAGGUCGGGAUCACGAGCGGUGUAUACACAGCAGCCGGUUCUCAAGCAUUCUUUGACACAGCCGGUGCUUCCUGGUGUGGUGCUGGUUGUGGUAAAUGUUACAAUCUAACCUCCACUGGUGAAUCCGCGUGCAGUAGUUGCGGUACUGGCGGAGUCGCUGGCGAGAGCAUAAUUGUGAUGAUAACCAACCUAUGCCCAUAUAACGGCAACCAACAAUGGUGCCCCAGCGUUGGUUCCACGAACCAAUAUGGAUACAGCUAUCAUUUUGAUAUUAUGGCCCAGACUGAAGUUUUCGGUGACAAUGUUGUGGUUGAUUUUGAGCCAGUCGCUUGUCCUGGUCAAGCGACCACUGACUGGCAAUCUUGUGUCUGUUACGGGCAGACCGAGACGGAUACGACUCCUGUUGGAAUUACGUCUGGUGGUUCCGACUUUUCAUCAUCAUCUUCUUCUUCCUCUUCUUCGACCAAGACACAGAGCACCGCCACCACCUUGGUGUCGGUAACGACUACUACUGCUACGUCAACCGGUACUCAAACAAUCUAUGGACAGUGCGGUGGUAGUGGAUGGACGGGCCCAACAGCUUGUGCGUCUGGUUCAACCUGCAAGGAGCAGAACCAGUGGUAUUCUCAGUGUCUUUAG